CCAAGCACAUCAGUAUACUUCGUAACUUACAAGCAACCGUGUGGUAUUGUUCUCUUUCAACCAAUAAUAAGAACAAGUGAGUCAAAAGCGAGUUUUCGCAUCCGUAAAGGAGCAAGUGUCUGGCACCAAUGACUGGAGUGCAUAAAUGGUGCCAGAGUCAACGGAAACGCGGGGCAAAUACAAUCGAAAGCAAGCAAACGACAGAGAGUAUUAUCAACCAGCAAUUUUUUACCACGGAACACAAUCACAUAAAAACAUAUCGAAAUGGGGCUCGACUUCCUGGCAGACGGAGGUGCCGACUUCGAGCAUGCAAUCAGUGUUACAGGCUUCGGAAAAUUUCAUUACAUGCUCCUAGCAGUAUGCGGUUUAAUUUACAUGGAUACAGCCAUCGGUGUCACAAUUUUAUCUUUCGUGCUGCCUGCUGCUCAAUGUGAUCUCCAAAUGGAUUCCACAUCUAAAGGAUGGUUAACGGCUGCACCAAUGCUUGGAAUGGUCAUCGGUUCAUAUAUAUGGGGAUGUUUGGCCGAUACAAAAGGACGUAAAGUUGUGCUCAUAACAACUCUACUUAUGGAUGGUAUUGUUGGUAUACUAUCAUCCUUCGUUCAGUAUUUUUGGGUCUUUUUAGUAUUUCGUUUCUUUAAUGGUUUCGCAGUAACGGGUGCAAUGGGAAUCGUAUUUCCUUACUUGGGUGAAUUUCAACCGACGAAACAUCGUGAAAGGAUUUUAUGUUGGAUGGAGAUGUUCUGGACUAUUGGAGUUAUUCUGUUACCAUUGAUCGCAUGGCUAAUUGUCCCGCUAGAUUUAUCCUAUGAGACAACAACUUUCGACUUCAAAUCCUGGAAUCUCUUCGUAGCUUUGUGUGCUUUGCCUUCUCUCGUGCUUGGUCUCUGGCUUUUCGCCUUUCCCGAGAGUCCGAAAUUUCUUCUUGAAUGUGGAGAGACCGAUGCAGCUCUUGAGGUUUUCAGAUGGAUUUACGCGCAGAAUACAAGCAACGAUCCCGACACUUAUCCAGUAAAAUUUCUUCAAGAAAAACCGAAUUCGAAAGACAAAAGUACAAGAGCUUUAAAGCUUCAUAGAAGAAAGGAUCUAAAAGUCCUUGUUGCAGAAGUUUGGGAUUUAACAAAGGCGCUUUGUAAACCACCUUACGUAAAAAAUACUCUUUUAGCUUGUGGUAUUCAAUUUGGUUUAACGAGCAGUUAUUAUACACUGAUGGUCUGGUUUCCUGAAUUAUUUACGAGGUUCGAAGAAUUCGAGGAUACAUAUCCCGAUAAAACAACGUCAGUGUGCAUCGUGUCCGCAUUACCUGGAAACAUGACGGAUCUAGAUCCUUAUGGAUGUGAAACAACAAUCCCUCCAUCCGUUUACUUGCAUACUGUUUAUAUUGGCCUCGCUUGUGUUCCUGGAUCCAUUGUACUACCUCUUCUCGUUCACAAGCUAGGAGCUAAAUUUUUUCUCAUAUUUUCCCUGGUGAUUUCGGGUGGUGUGACGGUAGGCUUCUAUUACGUGAUAAAUGCCACGCAAAAUCUCAUACUUUCCUGCCUUUUCGAAGCACUUACAUCUCUUGGAAUAUCAUUGGUUUAUUGCGUAAUUGUUGACAUGUUCCCAACUAAUCUUAGAGUUAUGGCAGCAGCUUUAUCUCUUACAAUGGGCCGAUUAGGUGCAUUGGUAGGAAAUUUGGUAUUCGGUUAUUUAAUCGACUUGGCCUGUGUUGUACCAGUGAUCCUUUUCGCCGCUUUUUUAUUUGCUUGUGGGUUUCUGUCGAUUUUCUUACCGAAGACUGGGAAAGAGACACUAAAUUAACAGAGAUAAUUAAACAUCUCUCAUAAAAAUCAUUUUGCCUUUU